UCUGUCAUUGUGCGACGCUGCCUGGCGCGAGGCCUGGGCGACCGCGGGUUUUAAGUCGCAGCAGUCGCCUUCGCUUCUGGCGGGCGUGUGGACGCGGAGCACGGCACGGGCUUCGGCAGCCUUCGUGAGGGGGUGCCGAGCCCUCGCCAGCGGACGGGCGGGCCGGCUGGGGUCGCGGCCCCCUAGCGCGCGCUUCUCCCCGCGCCCCGCAGCCAGCACGACCGCCAUGGCGCAGCGCGCCUUCCCGAACCCCUAUGCCGACCACAACAAGUCCCUGGCCGAGGGCUACUUUGACUCUGCUGGGAGGCUGACUCCUGAGUUCUCACAGCGUGUAACCAACAAGAUUCAGGAGCUCCUUCAGCAGAUGGAGAGAGGCCUGAAGUCAGCAGACCCUCGAGAUGGCACUGCAUACACAGGCUGGGCAGGCAUUGCUGUGCUGUACCUCCAUCUCCACGAGGUGUUCGGGGACCCUGCCUACCUGCAGAUGGCGCACAGCUACGUGAAGCAGAGCCUGAACUGCCUCAGCAGGCGCUCCAUCACCUUCCUGUGCGGCGACGCGGGCCCCCUGGCCGUGGCCGCCGCGCUGUAUCACAGGACGAACAACGAGAAGCAGGCAGAGGAUUGCAUCACCCGGCUGGUUCACCUAAAUAAGAUCGAUCCGCAUGCUCCAAAUGAACUGCUGUACGGACGGAUCGGCUACAUCUACGCUCUUCUUUUUGUCAAUAAGAACUUUGGAACAGAAAAAAUUCCCCAAAGCCAUAUUCAGCAGAUUUGUGAAACCAUUUUAACCUCUGGAGAAAACCUAGCUAGAAAGAGAAACUUCACGGCCAAGUCUCCCCUGAUGUAUGAAUGGUACCAGGAGUACUAUGUGGGAGCUGCUCAUGGCCUGGCAGGAAUCUACUACUACCUGAUGCAGCCCAGCCUUCAAGUGAGCCAGGCAAAGUUACAGAGUUUGGUGAAGCCCAGUGUGGACUUUGUCUGCCAGCUGAAAUUCCCCUCUGGCAAUUACCCUCCGUGUCUAGAUGAUAAUAGAGAUCUGCUUGUUCACUGGUGCCACGGUGCCCCUGGGGUGAUCUACAUGCUCACGCAGGCCUAUAAGGUGUUCGGGGAAGAGCGGUACCUGAGCUACGCCUACCAGUGCGCUGACGUGGUCUGGCAGCACGGCCUGCUGAAGAAGGGCUACGGGCUGUGCCACGGCGCCGCGGGCAAUGCCUACGCCUUCCUGACGCUCUACAACCUCACGCAGGACCACAAGUACCUGUACAGGGCUUGUAAGUUUGCUGAAUGGUGCUUAGACUACGGAGAACACGGGUGCAGGACCCCGGACACCCCCUUCUCCCUCUUCGAAGGGAUGGCGGGAACCAUCUACUUCCUGGCGGACCUGCUUGUCCCCACCAAAGCCAAGUUCCCCGCAUUUGAGCUGUGAGGGGACAGCACGGCCUGCAGCCCAUGGCGGACCCUUUCUGUACAUCCACGCCCAGACUCCGCGCUUGGGCUGCUUCUCACAGAAACAGGACCCAGUCGUACACUCGAUUUAGUUGGUUUCUGUUAUUUUUUGUAUUUGUCUUAGUUCAGUUUUUUGUUUUUACUUUUACUGUAUUCGAAAUUAUGCGAGGAAGUCAUUACUUUUGAGUUUCUACUGACAGGAAAGAUAGGUGAUGGAACAUUAUUUUGAGGUCAUUUACAUAUAUGUCAACGUGGAGAUCUUAAAUUUAUGAAUAUAAGCAUCUAUUUCUGUUGUAAAAAUAUUUAAAAGAAACUAAGUAUAGAUAACAGCUAUGUGAGUGCGCUGAGUGCUGCCUUGCAGCCUCUCCUGUGUGGUCUUCUUCCUCUAACAGUAAAGCGGUUUUAUGGCCUGCUUUUCUCUAUGUGGUGAAAAGGGCAGAGCUAAAACUGUGCUUCCACGAGAAGAAUUUCAGAGCCAGGACACCAGCUCCUGGACCCUGUGGCCGGCCUCGCUGUUAGAAGCAGCCGGGCUCCCGCUGCCAGCUUGUGACUCAAAGACCAAACUGCAUGUCGGCGCCGCGGACAUCUGACUCAAAGUUAGUUCAGGAUAAGCUAAUAUUAGCAUGUUCGUGUUUUCUCUAUAGUGAUCGAGUGUGUGUGUGAACUGUGACACAGGUCUGUCUGUGUGUCCUUUGGCAUUCCCACGCGUUCAGGGCACAGGUGUUCUGUGCUGUGGCCACAGACACUCGUCUUCCUUCCUGCUCUGUUGGACUUGGAACUCAGACUGGUGUUGUCCUUACUCUGCGGUGACAGUGCUUCCAUGCUGGCUGUGUAGUAAAAACCAUGAGCUUUGUUCCUGUCAGGUCACCUAACGUCUUUUACCAUGAUACAGCCUUCUGCCUCUGCUUACAAGGUGACAGGCAGGGAAGCGUGUGGCUGGUAACUCGAAAAAGAACGGUUAGGUCCUAACAGAAACCGUGUAUUAGGGGUCUUCCCAGAGGUAGUGCCUGUGACACACAGUCCUCGCGCAUCCAAGGCCUAGCAGGUCACAGUCUGCAACCACAGAAGGGCCCUUGCCCUACACAGUGGACACAGACCCCUGGUGGUGCAGACUGCAGAUGCUCUGACUCAUCAGCGCUCCUCCUCCUCCCUUUGCCGCCUUCACCAGGCGCGGGAGUCACUUUCCGAGUGACUAGAACGUUAUGUGGCUUUAAAACAGCAGGUCUAAGAACUUUCAAUGUGCCUAUUUCAUAGCUCUCUUGGUCACGAAAAUGUUUCUGUUAGAACUCUAAACCAAAUGCCCUAGAUACAGUGUACGCUAGUGCCUGUCGAUAGCAGUUCUGUUAUUUUUUUCAUUCAGCACCAAAAUACCUAAUAAUAUUGGAAAUUGACCCUUGAAAGGCAGCUGACAGUAGGAUCUACAGAGCCUCCCAUGGUUCCACUCCCGGGUCUGGAUUCUCCCUCUGUGACUCGUGAAGUCCAGGACUUGCAGCCCAGAUGCCGAGGUGCCCUGGCCAGCUGUGUGCCAGCUGUGCUUUCCUCUUGAGUUCCAGAUCUGCAGUGUUGGCCUUACAGGAAUGCGUACAAGGAGUGCAUGGCAGAGCCCACCUGCCUUGGCUGGGUGGCAGGCUUAAAAGCACAAGGCUCUCCUGCUUCAGUGAAGUGUAUUACACUGCGCCUGCACUUUGAGCUACCAGUUACCCCCAGGGCAGAGAGAGGAGCGCACGCCCUGUCCAAGCCGGCGAGGACAAGCAUGGCCGCUUCUCCAAGGCAGGCGUCUCGCUUAGCUUAACCCCAGACGCGGACCCCAGCAGGGAGAACACCCUUACGGGAUUCUCCUCACUAUCUGCAUUAUAGGUCAGUUACUGUCCUCCUCUGUUAAAAAAUUCACCGCCAUAAACAGAACUCAAGUUUGUAGUGUCUUAAAGACCGUUACUAAACUGGCCAGACAGUGCCACUGUUCACUUUAUUUAAGCCUAAGGGCUAUUUGUAAUAGGGUUUUAAACUCAGGCAGAAGGAACAAAGCCAAGACAAUACCUUCACACCGUGGAAGUGACUAAGAGAAACCUUUCCAUCUUCAGAGGGAGGCCGCGUCAGGACUGUAGCUCUGUUUCUACUGUGCUUCUCCCUCAGAUGCUCUUCUCAGUAAAAAGUAAGCAAACCGAAAGUAGUUGCCUAGAGGAACUCCACAGCACCUCUUACCUGCCUGCAGACUCGGUAGUGAACCCCUCAGUGCUUGCCAGGCAGCAUGCAUUCACCCUGGGACAGGCGCCUGUCCGUGUGCUGAUGAGAGGUUGCAGUGGGUGCCUCCUCCUCACGCAGAGGUGUUAGCAUGAUCACAGGUGUUCCCAGAGCCCCGUCGGCAUUUAAUCCACAGCCACGUGCCUCCCUCUUCACGUGCAGUGUCAGUUUCAAUUAUUUAUAAUCAGAGUCUCCGCGGUAGAUGGAGUUUCUGAGCUAUUCUCUGCUUACUACCGUCUUCUUGAAUAGCCGAGUUGGGAGGCGGACUCCGUUCUGUACCCUCAGGUUAAUUGGUGUCCGGUCUUUGCAUGCCCUGUCUUCUACCGGCUGACUCUGAAACAGAAAAAGUCAACAGGGAACAUUUAUUUAUACACUCUGUUAGCUAUGAGGGCUCAUCUGUAGUCACCUGAUUACCAAACUGAAUUCCGAUCCCAUUUCUGCUUCCCCAGAAGGGCGAGGAGCACAGUUCUGAGUGUUGCAUACGCUGAGCUUUGGAACCGUUUCUCAUCUAUAAACACAAAGCAACACCCAAGCAACUGGGGCACUCAGGAGCCCGCUGAGUGGUGUAUUAUAAGAAGGGCUUGGAUUGUACCUAUUUAUAUGUUGUAUAAAGGGUUAACUUACUGGUCCUCAAUAAAAAAUUUAUUAGAGCUA